CGGUCCAGAAGCAUACAAAUAACUUAAAACCAUUAGAGUCGUAUUUUGUGUGAAUUUUUGUCAGCUGAACAAUUUACCGAGUUGACAGCAACAUGAAUAAGUAGAGGCCCGUUACUGCACUUGUUUGUGGGUGAAAUUGUAUAAUCGGACAGGAGGACAACUGCACCAAAAUGUUGAAAGUGGAGAUGAACCCGAGCACCUGCUUUGUAAAUUCCCCCGACACGUCUGAGGGGGAAAGUCACCUGAAAACGUCGAAUUACGAAAAAACUGUUCAGCAGCUGGACAUUUACUAUGGCACAGUCAAGAGACAGUUGCUGCGAUUCCAAAGCUGCAGUAAUGGUCUUUUCCCCAUCAUGUCAAAUGAUCUUAACAUCGGAAGUGUUCGGGACAGCAUCUAUUGUGCUGCAGCUGUUUGGAGUCUCUAUCAAGCCUACCGCCGAAUAGACGACGACCGUGGCAAGUCUUAUGAGCUAGGACAAUCAGCUGUCAAGUGCAUGCGAGGAAUCCUCGUGUGCUGGAUAAAACAGGCGUCACGGGUGGAAAAAUUCAAGAAAAACCAAUCUCUGAAAAAUGCUCUGCACUGCAAAUUCCACCUUAUGACAGGUGCAGAGGUGUACACUGAGGAUGAAUACAACCAUUUACAAAUUGAUGUCGUGUCGCUUUAUUUGAUUUACUUGGUCCAAAUGAUUUCAUCUGGACUGCAAAUCGUUUACACCAAGGAUGAAGUCACCUUUGUACAGAAUCUAGUGUAUUAUGUAGAGCGAGCUUAUCGCACGCCUGACUUUGGAAUGUGGGAAAGAGGCACAAGAUACAAUGACGGCUCUCCUGAGAUUCAUGCCAGCUCCAUUGGCAUGGCAAAGUCUGCUCUUGAGGCCAUCAAUGGCUGCAACCUGUUUGGCGAAAAGGGUGCCUCGUGGUCUGUUGUCUAUGUUGACAUUGACGCGCACAACAGGAAUAGGUCAAUCUUCGAGACACUCUUGCCGAGGGAGAGUAGCUCAAAGGAGAUAGACGUUUCAUUGAUGGCCACUGUCUCCUAUCCGGCGUUUGCAACACACGACGAGCAUCUGCUUGCCGAAACAAAAAAGAGUCUUUUGACUCUGAGAGGCACAUACGGUUUCAAGAGGUUCUCCAGAGAUGGCUACAAGUGUCCUUUGGAAAAUCCUUGCGAAAGGUUCUACAAGGAAGGACAAACAAAGGAGUUUGAGGGAUUAGAGAGCGAGUGGCCACUGUUUUACAUCUACAUGAUAAUCGAUGGUGUCUUCAGAAACCUCCCUGAGCAAGUAGAGGAAUAUCAGAAUCUACUCCAACCACGCAUUAGCACUGACAGCCAUGGAGACCCAGUGAUCCCAAUGUACUUCUCCGUCAUGCCUGGUUAUGAGGAGGCGGAAAAGGCUGAUCCAGGUAGCCAGCGCCGUCGGGGCGCGCCCAGUAACGGCUAUCACCUCUGGUCGCAAGCCUUAUUCGUGAUUGCACAGUUGUUGACUGGAGGUUUGCUUCACAUCAACGAGCUAGAUCCGAUCAGAAGGUACCUGCCUUCGUACAACAGGCCCAGGAAAGCAGGCAGAUAUUCCGCUUUUCAGGCUAAGUCUUCAAAUGGGAUCGCUACUGAUUUGGUGGUGCAGGUAGUGCUAAUUGCCGAGUCAGCUCGUCUGCAAGCCAUGAUGGGAACCUAUGGCAUUCAAACUCAAACUCCUCACGAAGUUGAGCCUGUCCAGAUUUGUUCGUCAUCGCAACUGGUAAAAAUAUAUCAGCACCUGGGUGUGAACAAAAAACUGGGACUUGAGGGCCGUCCGUCACGACCUAUUGGUGCGCUGGGAACAAGCAAAAUUUACAGAGUGAGCGGCAAAACAGUUUUGUGCUACCCUCUUAUUUUUGAGGUGUCUGAGUUUUAUUUGUAUCGCGACAUGGCCCUCCUGAUUGAUGACAUCAAAACAGAACUGCAGUUUAUUGGACGCUACUGGCGCCUCUCUGGCCGUCCGACCGCAUGCCUCCUGAUUAGAGAAGAACACAUGAGAGAUCCUCAAUUCAAAGAGAUGUUAGAUCUGCUGGCAAUGUUGAAAAAAGGGUAUUGUGACGGCCUGAAAGUCAGGGUCGGACGACUUCAGAAUCUCAUUUCCAGCUCCUGCAUAGAGCAUUUGGACUUCAUGAACAAAAUUGAGGACGAAGUUGAAAUAAAGCCAUUCAAGCAGAUUGAACACGAAUACAUUGGGUACCAAAGCUUAACUGAUGUACCUCGUGUUUUAGAGUACAGUGAAACUGAGAGAGACAUUGCCAAUUUUGAUGACCGGCCAACGUGGGAUAUUGUGGAAGCAAUAAGAAACACAGAUGGUAUUUACGUUAAGAGCAAACUGAUCGGAGUUCUGUUGAAGAGAGAGGGACCUCACUAUGAAUACAGUGGAUUGACAGUGCGGGAGCAUUUGCGGGGAUUGUACCAUCACGCUGGUUGUCUGCACUGCUGGCAGGUGGUUCGUUACUGCAGCAGUCUGCUUGGACACACUGUGGAUAGCAUCAGUCCUUUCAUCACGGCUGUUUUAGUGCAUGGCAAACAGAUUGCAGUUGGUGUUCCUGGCGAACAGGAAACGGUUUUCGACAAGCCUUUGACUCCUGCCGAAAUUCAAAAAGUUCUUUAUUCCACUGUGCAGCCAUUUGAUGUAAUAGGAGCUGUUCUCCAACAAGAAGUGGUUUUCUACUGUGGGCGUCUCAUUGGCACAAAUCCCAAGUUGUUUUCUGGAAUUUUCAAAAUCAGGGUUGGCUGGGUGUUGGAAGCUAUGAAGAUUUAUCUGCAGAUGAAGAACUCGUCCCGGCCACUGGAGGCGCUCAGUCCGAGGGAAGUGCGUCAGGUUCUGCACAAAGUGCUUUCAGUGAAGGACUGGGCUAGGCAGGAGAGACUGCCUACUUUGGUCAGGAGAAAGUUGGAGGGCUGUUUGUGCCGUGUGCCUCAAGGGUUCUAUCUUCAGGUGUGGGAUGUGAUGCAGAGAACACCGCAUGGGGUUAAAAUUCAAGGGCGGCUCUUGGCGCAGCAGCAGAUUCUCACGAACAUGUCUAGAUCUGAAAUCACGUUUGCGCUCUUAAUCGAAGAGACACUGAAUUGCAUCAAGCAGCCAGAAUUCAGGCAAAUUGUCGUUGAACUGUUGUGCAUUGUUUCAAAAAUUCUACAAAGAAAUCCAGAACUUAGUUUCAAGAACCUGCUAGACCUAGAUAAUUUAGUUGAUGAAGCUUAUCGCAUCUUUUGCAAGGACCAAGGAAUGACUGCUGGCUCUGAUCGUCUUGCUUUCUAUUCUGCCCCUCUGAAUUUAACAACUGGAUAUCUAGCAAGAGCUACAGUGAACUCAGUCCUUCGUCUUGGUGAGUUAGAUACGUCUGGAGCUGAUGACAUUGAUAAUGAUGAUGACUCCUGUAAGGUUUCGUAGAACUGUUCCCCUUGCCUUGUAAUGUGCCAUAGUUAUGCUCUUUGUUAAAGUUUGGUUAUUUUAUCUUGGGUGUGACGAAUAAAACAGAAUUAAUAAAUAGCA